UGACUAUCAGUCGCCAAACCUUAAACUUCCAACAUGAAGCUGUACGCACUUCUAGCCCUGGCCGUGGCCAUUCCUGCUUCCAAUGCGCUCGUCAAUCGUGCUCCGGUACCUGGCGUUGUCUCAAUUCCCUACUCCCGGAGCCUAAGCCCGCUUCAACGACGCAAUUCAUUUGUUGAUCUAUCUGUUGGUGCAACAUACGCCAAUUACAUCGUCAAUAUCACUGUCGGCACACCUGCGCAACCAAUCACUCUCAGUCUGGACACUGGAAGCAGUGAUACCAUUCUACUGAACAAAGAAUCGUCCUUUUGCGUCACCAAUGCAGGCUACUGUCCAAGCGUAGGAUACUACAAUGCGAACAAAUCCUCUACAUACAAGUACAUCGCCAGCAACUUCUCCAGUAACUUUGGUUUUUCCAGUCAAGGGCAAGGAAGUGGGGCAUCUGGUGAUGUUGCGACAGACACAUUCGACGUUGCUGGCGCCACACUGAAGAAUCAGCAAUUCGACAUUGCAUAUGGAAAUGCCACUAUCGCAUUCAGCAUCCUGGGGUUAUCAUACGCCUCGGGCGAAAAUCAGUAUCCAUACAACAACUUUCCUCUCUCUCUCGCCAAGUCAGGAGCCAUCAACCUUCCCCUCUUCAGUCUAUGGAAGAAUGCUGUCGACAGCCACGACGGGCAGGUGCUUUUCGGAGGUGUAGACACAGCACAAUAUACUGGUAGCUUACUUACUCUGGAUACGCAAACAAGGACCGGCUUCCCGGCUCCUGUUGCGUUUGAUGUGCUGCUCAACGGUGUCGCACUCUCCGGAAACUCAUCCUUUCCCGCAGGCUCCACAGGAUCGGUGUUGCAUGUUCUCGACUGUGGGACUGCAUAUUCCAUCCUGCCCAACGACUGGGUCCAGCCCAUCUACGACCAGUUCGGUGUCACGUACUUCACUGCCAACGAUACUGCAUAUGUUGACUGCGCUCUUGCGAAUUCACCUUACACCAUCGACUUCACUUUUGGCUCUCUUACCAUCCAAGUUCCGAUCAAGGUCAUGGUUUCUCUCCGCUCGAUAAACCCAAAUAUCUGCACAUUUGGCAUAGUACCAGCAGGUACAAGAAUCGCGCUUUUGGGAGACAACUUUCUGAGCAGCAGCUACACGGUCUUCGAUUUGAGCAACAAUCAGAUCUCUCUGGCAGCAAGAAACUUUGACGCAACCACAGAUAGUAUCAUCGCUGUUCCAUCUGGCGGAGUGAAAGCCAUCAGUACUUCAGCUACAGGUACAACCCCAAGUUCAACAGGGACAACGACAGGAACAUCUGCCACUUCGACUCCGACGAAGAAAUCGAGUGCACCCGCAUUGUCUCUUUCUCCUGCUACGAUUGGCGUGGCGUUUAUCGUGGUACUGUUCGCUUUUUGUUUCUAGAGUUGUUUAGUUGACUUAACAUCUCUGUCGAGAUGUAAUGAUAAUGUAGAUAUUCAGCUUGCAUACAUACAUCCUUGCCACUAAAGCAAAAACC